UAUAGAUGAAUUAUAUUUACAUUAUUAGGCACAAGCAGUGUUUUAUAUGCACCGUUUUUCAGAUGUUUAGAAUAUGCAAACGGUUCCAAGUGUUAAGAGAACCUGGAGUCAGGUUUCUCAGCUCUGAGAUGCUGAUCUGGAGAAACGAGGCCGCGGAGAGAGGACGAAUUUCCCCAACCGUUGUACUAUUUGGUUACGCUGGUUCUCCUAAAUCCCACCUGGAGAAGUAUGAAACCUUGUAUACUUCUCUAGGUUAUAACUCUGUCUGCUGUAUUCUACCACAUAAAGAACUGUUUGCGUAUAAUAUUCCAGAAAUUCAGAAAUGCGCAGAGAAAGUGCUCUCUGUGAUUGAAUCCAGUGGUGCGCAAAAUAUAGUGGCGCACUGUUUCUCAAACAAUGGAAUCGCCCUGUACCAACAAACCUAUACUAUACUUAAUACACAGAAAAGGGCAGAGUGUUAUAUAAAGGGGUUAAUUUUGGACUCAGGUCCUGGUCCUAUGGGACUAAGAGAUAAUGUUCUAAAGAGGAUCUUCAAUGAUAAACAGGGCAGAAUUUUCCUUCCCAUUGCGUUGUUUUUCGUGAACGCGGCAAACAAGAUUCCAUUUGCGGAGAAUAUUAAAUCAAUCAUAGAGCAGUGCAGGUCGUUGAAGAGCAACUUCAAGGAGAAUAGUCACGUGCCCUGGACUGGAUUGUUUAUGAAGACUCAGGAGAAGGGAACCUGGCCUGUUCUAUUCCUCUAUUCAAAAGCUGAUACUCUGAUGCCGUGGAAGUAUGUGGCAGGUGUUGUGCAGCGUUUGAAACCUCACAGAACAGUUUAUGAAAACCGGUUUGAGAAGUCGGGCCACGUGGCGCAUUUCAAGACUUAUCCAGAAGAGUACACGGCAGCCAUUAAAAAAUUUCUUAACUCCAUUUAAAACUAUUUGUUUAUUUAUUUAUUUAUCUUAAAUAAUGUUGGAACUAAAGCUGUGAUCAAAAUUGUUAAUGUUUAGAAUAUAAUUAUUUGUUAAAUAGAAUAGAACAGAGCUUUCAG